UUUAACAGCGCGAGCGUCUGCGUACAGCGCUCUCGGUCGCCCCGGCUAACAAUAGACAUUCGAUAUUCGAAAACCGGUGUCGAUGACCAGUGCGUGACUUUAUUUUUUUUUAAUUUAUUUUCCCAACGGCCUAUUUCACAACGAAUUUUUUUAAUUUUUAAUUUCAUAAACUUUGGCAAAGACGUGUAACUGAAUGUUGUAGAUUAGUAUGUUUAUUGAUAAGAUAAUUUCUGUAAAAACUUAUUUGUGCCGCGGCUACAGAGUGAUCGAUCGUCAAUAAUCGUCAUUAAUUAACGUUUUUUAAGUGCCGUUAUCAAAGUGCGUUUAUUAAAUCUAGAAGUUUUGGAUUUGGACUUAAAAAGAACGCCAUGACCCAGCGUACCGAACACAGCCAGUGACACAGCAUGUGUCCGGAGCCCUGGGUGCGGUAGCAACAUGGCUCUCAUCACCAACUCCGCCGCGGCCCCCACCACCUGCCCCACGGGCCCGCAAGCCCAUCACUCGGCGACGCCACUACACCACUAUCUCUCCUACCUGAACAAACCGUCACCACACCCUUACGCGCACCACGCGAGCGCUCACCACAUGGGUAUGGGCCCGGGGCCCCUGGGUGGGCUUGGCCCGUUUGGGCUGGCCCACCAUGGACUUGAAGCGGUCGGGUUUCCACAGGGCGUGAACCCUAGAAAGCAGAGGCGGGAGAGGACAACCUUCACCCGGGCACAGCUGGAUGUCCUGGAAACCCUGUUCGGGAAGACCAGAUAUCCUGACAUCUUCAUGAGAGAAGAGGUCGCUUUGAAGAUCAAUUUGCCGGAGUCAAGAGUUCAGGUGUGGUUCAAAAAUCGUCGAGCCAAAUGCAGACAACAGUUGCAACAACAAAACAAUUCUCAAAUGCCAGCCAAGACUUCAAGUGGCUCAAAAUCCUCAUCUCUAUCCUCUAGUAAUAAUCUAAAAGGUUCCAACAACACAUCGUCUUCUUCAUCAAAAAUAAGCACUUCCAAAUCUCUCACGAGUUCUGCGUCUAGUAUCGCUAACUCAUCAAGUAUAACCACAUCAUCUCCAAACCUUCCUAUAACGCCUACAACAUCAGUCAGCCCGCCAAUCAACGUCAUUUGUAAAAAAGAAUCAGCCCCUAAUUACGACUCUUCAAUAAACAAGAACAGUUUAGUCUCCCACCAUUACUCCAACGACGCUAUAAGACUCAAGGAAUCGAGUCCUUCAGACGUGAACGCUCACGGCUACGGAGUGACUCCGAAACAAGAAUUGUAUAACAGUCCAAAAAGGUUGGACUAUUCGAGUAAAUUAGAUUAUUCUGACAAGGCUUUCGGAAGCAGUCUUGUGAAAGACCAGUACAGUUCUCGUCUGCAGGGGAACCUGACGCCUUUGGGGUCUAAUUCUUCGAUAAUGACGACUCCUUCCCCUCCCAUUACGCCACAGAGUCUCAACGGCCCGGGGAAUGUGUAUCAUCCGGAUAACUACAACAGCUUCCAUUGGCCAGGCAGCUCGGACUACAUUCGGAGCUACUCCAGCUCUCACCAUCAUCAAGGAUACGCGCAGAGCGCUUACAAUUCGUACUACCCAAGUCAGAUGGAAUACUUCAACGGCUCGGCAGUGAACCAGUCGCACGGCGGCCACCACGGCCACAACCUGACGACGAACGGCAACCAGCUUUACAACCAGGUGUCGUUCAGCAACGCCUCCCCGCCCGCGGCCUGGACCUCCCACCACAACAUCCUGUCUUCCGGCGCCGAGUCGCCAGAAACUCAACAGAAUUCCUCCCACCUCAGUAUGCUCCAAGCCUCGCAAAUAACUAAUUUCCCCAACGCGGGGAACAGCUACUUCGCGCCUGAAAAGUACGGCAUUAACAUGGUUUAGUGAUUGGUAACUUCUAGUCUUGUGUUGUAUAAAUGUGUAUAGUUCCCGAUUCAUGAUCAUUUUGAUUUGGUUUUGACUAUUGAAAUUAAAAUAAGCAUAUUUUUUCUUGAUUUUAAUUUUGAUAGACCACUUCUGCUCGUAAUUUUACAUUUUGAUGUACUAAAGUUGUUCAUGUUGUUGAUGCGUAAGUGCUAACAUAUCAGAGAGUGUUUAAUUGAUCAAAGUGACAUCUAUUGGACAAUUUUGUCGAAUUAAUUGUAGAUCGGACUUAGUGCGUAAGUUUUUUUUUUUUUAUUUGAAAUAAUUUUAUCAUUUUGAUUUUAUUUUAUCUACGGCCACAUAAAAAGUUUUGGCAAGACUUAAUCUUAUACUGGGGCAAAACGAUAAAGUAUAAUGUGAUAUUUAGCAGUUAUUGAUACAUUUUUAUUUGACAGUAAAUCUUCUUCUUCUAUAUCUAUCUAUACUUAUAAUAAAUCUGUAGAGAGGUCAAUUCUGUACAUGGAAUAUAUUUUCAAAAUAACUAUCAGGGGGUGAUUAGUGAUCGAUACUGAUGCCAAAAAUGCAAUCAGUAAAAUUUUUGUCUGUCUGUCUGUCUGUCUGUAUGUUCUUUAUAGAAACAAAAACUACUUGACGGAUUUUAACGAAACUUGGUACAGUUAUUCUUCAUACUCCUGAGCAGGUUAUAGUAUAACUAUAUAUUAAUAUUGUGAAGUUGACGUUGUUGAAGAAAAUGCUGCAGUGCAGUUUGUUACCGCUUCUUCUGCACUGACGCCUUGGAAGCGGCAGUAAACUUAGUUUUUAAGUAAUUUAUUUGACGUCAACCAAGUUGUUUAACCAUACGACAAUUAUUAAGCGAUAUAAUAAUGAAUAAAAAAUUUUGAAUUUUUGAAUUUUGAGUAUACUUUUCAUUACGCUACAAUCACUAAGAGCAGAGCAGUGAAAGGAAAUGUUGGGAAAACGGGAGAAGUUACUUGAUUUUUUAAGCUUCCGUCGCGUAUGCAGCCUUAAUGGUUAAAGAUACAGCGAAACCAUGUAUAACGGAAAUAUUCUACAUAAAAUUAUUAAAAAAAUAUCUCAAUACAGCAUAAGUCUAUCUUUUAUGGUUGACUCACAAUAACACGUGUAAUUUCCCGCGCUACGUGAGGAUCCGCAGGGACCUGAAGUGGGAGAACCUAGAUAUUCGAGAGGGCAGACAGACGGACAGACAGACAGACAGACAAAAAUUCUAAAAAAAAUUGUUUUGGCUUCUAUUGACCCUAAAAAGACCCCUUAUAUUUUCUUUUUCUUAAAUAUCUUCAAUGUACAGACAAAGUUCAGUUACAGUUUUAUUAUAUGUUUGGAUAACGUCUAGCUGCAACUAUUAGAAGCGAAGAAAUAAUGGAAAAUGUGAAAAAAAUCGGGGAAGGAGCAUCCUUGAGGGCUUCAAUGAUGCCCAAAAUAACUAUUCCACGCGGACGAAGUCGCAGGCACAGCUAGUUAACAAUAUAUCUAAAGUAACAAUACUCAACUUCGUAUAACAUUAGGACUUGCUAAGAAUUUUACACUUUUAAAAAAGACUAAAAUUGAAAUACUUGAAAAAAGAUUACCAAAAUUGCCCAAUAGAUAGCGUCAUACUGAUGUUCAGUCUAAAAUAGGAACGUCAUGGAACCAUGAUUACCAGGCAAUUCAGUUCUGAAAUAUAAUAUCUGGCUAAUGAAAGUUGUCCACACAAAAUUAUGACAGUUCCAUAAAACUUAAAUGUACUUUUUUUAUUCAAACAAAACUAUCUAACCUUACCUGUAAUUCGAUUGUAAUUUAAUAAAGUUUUUGAAUGUUUACGGCUUUCAUUACCCAAAUUUUAUAACGAGUAAUUGUGUAACAAAUUUUAGUAUUUUCUCUACAAACUGACUUUAUUUUCUUUUUUAUUUUUGGUUUCUGAACCAUAACACGCAUGGCAAUUUAUCGAAUUGUGUCAUAAGGCCUAUGUUAUGAAUCGAAAGUUAUAUUAUGUAAGUAAAUUAAGUGUGUUAAUAGAGAUAUGUUUUUCAUAUACAUUUACCCAGAUUCCUAUGUAAAAACUCCUGAGCCAUAUCAUGUGUAUAUUUUAUGCUAGAUUUAGUUAGUGACGGCGACUGCCAAUUAAAUAUAGUUAUAUUGUAAAUAUUAAGUGUUUAAGAUUUUUAUUUAUAAAUGAGGGUUUGUACAUAAUGUGUGCUCCGCCUCCUAAUUAUUUCUCUUUAUAUUUCAUUUAACAUGUCGACCCAACUAACCUCUUGUUACAUAGACUAUGUGACGUGCAUUUUAACAAAUCCAAUGACAUAGUUUUAAACUAUAGUCUAGAUAAGGCUUACUUUAGGUACUUAAUUAAAUGUUAAAAAAAAGAAAAAAGAAAAUUAAAUAACAGAUGUUAUAAUGAUAAAUUUUUGCUAUUAAUCGUAAUUUAUUUUUUGAUUACAUACUUUUUAAAGUUGUUUAGUUGUUAACCUUUAUUAUGACUAGAGCUGUAACAAACUGUAUGUAUUCGGUACUGAGUAACGGGUGUGCGCUCUGGUACCGAGUAACGAAACGUUACUCUCGAAUGUAUUUCGUUAAUCGCACGAUUUCGUUCCUCGCAUUUAUUGUAUAAUGGGUUCAUUUCACGCAGGUAAGUGGAUGCUUGACAAGCACCAACAUACGAAUCGAUUCGUUUCGUUGGGUUAUACUGAGGUAUCAAAAGUAACGAGUAACGUAACGAUACGAUAGUAACAAGUACUCAUUUUUAUAGUAACGAAUACAUACCUCUAAUUAUGACCUAAACAAAUGGUCUGUAGUUGAUUUAAAAAAAAAAAGAAAGCGUGUUACUCACAUACAUAAAUCCUUUGUAACAAGGUCAAAGUUAGGCGAAGACGGAAAUAAUUUGCUCAACAAACCUCAAGCUACCUACAGAUUGGAAUUGGGUCUUAAAUAGAGGCAGAUUUCUAGAAAUAUACCAUUAAAGAUUUGAAAAUAGGAUGCAAUGUAUCAAUUCGUGUUCCGUUAUUCGCGAAUCUAAAACGGCUUUAUUUUUCAUUAUCUGAGAUUUUAAACAUCAAGAUAGGAGAGAGAAAACUUGCCUUUUCAAUAUUCAUAAAAAUACCAAGACCAUGUGGUUGGGAGGCAUAGGCAUUAAAUCUUAAAGCCGGUAAAUAUGUGCUGAUGAUGUGACAGUAACAUAAAGCUGUCGAGUAGUAUGAUGACCUCGUGGCUGCAUUAUUCAUAAUAUACAUAAUCACGUCUAUAUCCCUUGCGUGGUAGACAGAGCCAACAGUUUUAUUAAUAAAUCACAAAAAGGUAUUAAAAUCAGUUAGGUCCUGCCUAUCUUUAACUUUUCUUUAUCAUCACAGAAACUCAAAAAUCUGUUAAUUUUGUUAUUAUCAAGAAAGUCAUAAGUAAUUAGGAGGCCGAUUGUAAAUGUGAUUAAUCAUAAGUAAUUUUUAAGAUUGAAGUCUAUGAUGAAAUUUUGUUAUUACUCGAAAUGUUUCAAAGAGCGCCAAGUCAGAUGAUUCUACACACACAGAUGUCAAAGUGUUCAAUUUUAAUAGUCUUCAAAGAAAUGGAUUACGUAUAACGCAAUCUUAAAUGUAUACAAAAAUGAACAUUGCAGUCUGAAGUAAAAUAUUUAUUUUUUAUUUAUGGGAAGUAGGAAUCUGGCUUCUAAAUGGUUAUUUUUUAAACCAAUGAGCAAAGGCAUUUUCUUACUCUUGCAUCUGAUUGGUCACAAAAAACUGGUGUAACGUUAAUUUUAAAUUCAAAUCGAUGUUCUAAGAUUAUAUUGACAUUAAACUGGACUAAAGGUCAUGUAAUUUGAUAUUUUUACAAAAAGAAUGCAAAUAUGUGUAUAAAAUGUAUGUAUGAAACCCGUAAAGAGAUUAUUAGUUAAAUAUUUUUUUUUGUUUUAUCAAGCUUAAGUAUUUAAAUGUAAUUUAUUAUAUUAAAUUCUAAGCUUGGACAUAGCUAAGUUAGAAUAAAACAUAGUACUUUAUGUAUGACAUUAAUAAAAGAGUUAAAGAGUC